AUGGAUUCGAUAAACCGCGGGAAGGUCACCGGUGUGGUAGCGCCCUUCAAAGAGGCCGAACCAGAAUGCCAUAUGGAACAACCCAAACUCCUUGAUGCCAAUGAUUUUCUGGUAAAAAACGUGAGUUCUCAUUCAAUUCCAUUUUUCGGAUUUUAGGCAACAGAUCUAUAAAAUAAUAUGUUUUGCCCGAAAAAACGUCUAGUCCAUGCGGCAAAAAAAGAUAAUAGAGAAAAAAGUUGAUGUGCUCUCUGAGCACAUGCAAAUGAUGGCCUCGAAAACAACGUGUUCGACCGUGUUUGAAUCAACUUUUUCUCAUGGCCGUCGCUCCCCGCGAAAAUAUGUAAAUUAGGUAAAAAAACGGGGGAAAGAACAUAAAAGUGCACAGAGUGGCCAUCUGAUUCUUGUACAUGUCUAGAUUUUCCUUUGUUCCCAUGAAGAGCUUGUCAAAACAUCGAAGAACUCACUGAAAUUAUAUUAUUUUAGGCACCUCCGACCAUCAGAUACAUUCCGAACUUUAUUACCGAAAAUGAGGAACAGAUGCUGUUGAAUCGUGUGUACACGGCGCCCAAGCCCAAAUGGGAGUAUUUGAAGGAUCGGCGGCUGCAGAAUUGGGGCGGAUUAGUCGGGAAGAGCGGGCUGAUAAGUGACGGCAAUAUCCCCCAGGUAAAUUCGUAUUUUUUGAUGGAAACUUGUUUCUUUUUUGAUUUUUAGUGGCUCCAGUCGUUGAUAGACAAGAUUAUGAGUGUGAAAAAUGGUUUUCCCGAAGGCAAUCGACCAAAUCAUGUGUUAAUUAAUGAGUAUUUAUCUGGACAAGGGAUUAUGGUAGGUGUAAUGUCAAAAGCAUCGAAAAGUUGUAAAAUAUAUAUGGUAAAUGGAGCGAAAUUAUUUUUAUUGAGGAGUGAAGAGCAUAGUAGUCGUAUUUUCAGCCGCAUACAGAUGGUCCAGCAUUCUUUCCAUUAGUUUCGACCGUAUCUUUGGGGUCCUCCACCUUCUUGGAUUUUUAUACUCCUUUAGAGCCGGUAAGUCAAUUUUUUAUUUGUUUGUUGAAUUUUAGGACCUAUAAUGCAGCUCAUCGUCUGUUCAUUUAAUCUCAGACUUUUAAAAUUUCUGUCAGCAUAAUUUUUCACCUUAUUUUAGGGAUCAGAAAACCCAGCGCCAAUUUCCGACCGUUUCGUUGGCAGCAUGCUGCUCCAGCCCCGGAGUCUAGUCCUAAUCAACUCCCAAGCCUAUUCGGCGCAUCUUCAUGGGAUCGCGGACCGGCCCGCCGAUCCAGUGCAUGAUCGAAUUUUUAAUCGCCCGCCCGGUCUAGUCCAAAACGAGAGCCUCCCGCGCCAAACCCGCAUCUCCCUGACCAUUCGAAAUGUCCCCAGUGUAAAGAAGAACAGCAUCUUGCAGAUGCUGCAAAAGCGCUGA